AUGCAGAAGCUCCCAUACGAACUCAUACGCGAGAUUCUUUUCCUCUCCAAUCAGCUCCUCAGGCAACUCGAGCCACAUAACAAAUUCUUCCACGGCCUACACGCACACGUCACAGGCUAUGUAUCCGCCAACCUCACAGCAAUCGAGAUUUCCACUCGAAGCAGACACAAAGACGACGAUUUGUCCACAGGUUGGCUCACACGACUCAAACAUCUCGCAAUCUUUUCCAGAGGCAUAUCCAUGUCGACACCUCUUCUCCAAAGCACCAUUGACGCGAAUCCACACCUGGAAACGCUCAUCAUUUCCGUAUAUCAUCCAGAUGACGUGGGUCCUGCGGGCUGGUCCGUAACACUCAUCACCGCACCACAACUCGAGGCAUGCACACUCACCGUCUCGUCCUUGAACACGAUCAUGGCCAAUGCGUGUGCAUUUCUCAAAAAGAAUGCUCACGGUUUACGCUUCUUGCGCCUAAUCAGGAGAGAGCUGGAUGCGUUUCCUCUAAACUAUAUUCACGACCUGGUUCAUCUAUGUCCGCGCCUCGAAGCAAUUCAUCUACUAAUCUAUUACACAGAGACCACCCUCCAUCGUAAUCCGCAUCCAACGCUCAAGACACUCAUCCUCGACCGUACCUUUGUCACAAAUCUCUCGCAAGUUCUCGAUCAUUGGAAGAUCAACGACGACGAUUUUGCCAACUUUGAUACCGUCGUUCUUGCCCUGGGUUUAUAUGAAUCCCCUUUGGCCACAAAGGCGGACAUUUUGCGCUUCAUCCAAACGGACCCUCGGCUGUUUGCUGUCACUUGUAUCAUCACACAACCACAUUGUUCGCCAGUGAUUAUUCCUCCUUGUGCAACCAAGGAUCUGGCUGCAAAGUGCGCUCGUGAUCCGUUAACGCUUGCAAAAGUGUCUGCCCGUCGGUCGAAUAUCUCCAACUUACUUUGA